UACAAAAGAAGAAGGGAUCAGAAGCAGUUGCUGUGCCUUCUGAACAGCAAGGCAAAACCAAGCCUCAAGAAACAAUGUCUAUUCCUUCUGAUCCCCAGAGUCAGAAAAAGGGUCCGGAGAUCCCAAAGUCUCCGGUUGGGUUGCUGAGAAGGAGGGGUAGGGAAGCAAUUCCAAAGAUGCAACCAGCAAUGAUGAUGUUCUCCAGCAAAUACUGGGCACGUCGGGGAUUAUCUCUGGAUUCAGCUACGCUUGAUCAGCAGCACCUAGGGAACAACAUGCUUCGUAGGACAUCCUUUAGUCGCAUAGAUGAGAAACCGGACAAAGAGGAUACAGGCUUGGCUUAUGACAGCAAUAAAACAGCGGUCAUUUUCUCUCUGAAAAACGAGGUUGGAUGUCUGGUGAAGGCUCUUCGGCUCUUUCAGGAGAAGCAUAUCAACUUGGCUCACAUUGAAUCACGCAAAUCAAAGCGAGUCAAAACAGAGGUGGAAAUAUAUGCAGAGUGUAGCUGCACUAAAAAGGAAUUUAACGAGCUGGUGCAGCACCUUAAAGACCAUGUCAACAUUAUCUCCUAUAACACACCUCAAAAUGUGUGGUCUGUAGAGACGGAUGUAGAAGGAGUCCCUUGGUUUCCCCAGAAGAUCUCUGAAUUGGACCAGUGCUCACACAGAGUGCUCAUGUAUGGCUCAGAGCUGGACGCUGAUCAUCCAGGAUUUAAAGACAACAUCUACAGGCAGAGGAGGAAGUACUUUGUAGAAGUUGCAAUGAACUACAAAUUCGGCCAGCCCAUCCCACGCAUUGAACACACAGAAGAGGAAGUUAGGACUUGGGGAGUGGUGUUUCGGGAACUCACGAAACUUUAUCCUACCCAUGCCUGCCGCGAGCAUGUAAAAAACCUGCCACUGCUUAUAAAACACUGUGGAUAUCGUGAGGACAAUAUCCCCCAGCUGGAGGAUGUCUCUCUCUUCCUAAGAGAGAGGUCAGGGUUCACAGUACGACCUGUGGCAGGUUAUCUGUCACCUAGAGACUUCCUGGCUGGUCUUGCAUAUCGAGUGUUUAACUGCACUCAGUAUGUGCGUCACAGCACUGACCCACUCUACACACCAGAGCCGGACACGUGCCAUGAGCUCCUGGGCCAUGUCCCACUCUUAGCAGAUCCCAAGUUUGCUCAGUUCUCACAGGAGAUUGGCCUAGCCUCUCUUGGGGCUUCAGAUGAAGAUGUGCAGAAGCUGGCUACAUGCUAUUUCUUCACAAUUGAGUUUGGCUUGUGUAAACAAGAUGGCCAGUUGAGAGCCUAUGGAGCAGGACUGCUUUCUUCAAUCGGAGAGCUAAGGCAUGCAUUAUCAGACAAAGCUGUAGUGAAGCAGUUUGAACCCAAGACCACAUGCCACCAAGAGUGCCUCGUCACAACUUUCCAAGAUGUUUACUUUGUCUCAGAGAGUUUCGAAGAAGCCAAAGAAAAGAUGAGGGAAUUUGCCAAAACGAUCAAGAGGCCCUUUUCUGUUUACUACAACCCAUACACCCAGAGUAUUGACCUAUUGAAGGACACCAGGAGCAUUGAAAAUGUGGUGCAGGACCUUCGCAGUGACCUCACCACAGUCUGUGAUGCACUGGGGAAAAUGAACAAGUAUCUUGGCAUCUAGAAGCAUGCCAUUCUUUUUCUGCUUUGAACUAAAAACCAAAUUGCAAUUACAUUAACUAUGAAUAGGUGGAUAAUGGUGUUCUUGAAUGUCUAUUCCUUACCCAGAGUCAAGCAGAGCUUGGUCUUUCUGUCUGAUGUCUUUAUAUAUUCGCCAGCUUUCAAAGUCUGUUUAUUCAUAUGUGCAUGGCUCCCAUUGCUACAGAGGCUGCAGGAUGUAUCCGCUUGUGGUUGCUGAUUGUAAUUUGCUAAUCAUAGUAUUCUAUAAUCCAAUUGCCUAAGUUCCUGACUAGGUCCAACUUCAUUAUAAAGGGGCAAACAGGAAGUUUGGGAUGGAUGAUUCCAGAUGCUAAGGCAGAAAUAUACUUCACUUUGUUCUAGUCAAUUAGCAGCACAGUCUGCUUCCCAGACCCUCUAACAGUCUUAAGUCUUAGCAUUGUGAAUGGAAUCAACGCUGGUUCAUUUAGACUGAAUUACAUGGAACUGUUUUUUUUUUUUUGUGUGUGUGUGUGUUGGAAUAGAGACAAUUAUUGGGCAAUGAAAAUAAAUCCAAACAAUAUUACCAUAAUUACCAAUGUAUUAUAAUCUAGUACUAAAUGUGUUACCUCUCUGUGCCUCCAUGUAAGCCUUAAAUAAGAGAUAAGACAAAGUAAUUAUAAAUCUAUGUGUAUGUUAUUUGCAUCUAAAUUGCAGCACUCAGGCUAAGAUAAAUGUUAAUAGUUUUGUGUCUAAAAUAGUUAAAAAAUAUAUAUAUAUACUUAAUCUGUAGUGAAUAUUGAUGGAUAUAAUUACCAAAUGUAGGAGUGAAUACUUCAGUUCCUAUGUAUGGAUAGUGCUUAGUUGUACUGGUUAUUUUUGCAGCUGAUAUAAUGAAUGUAUUAGAUGCUGGUUUAAUAAAAGUAUAUAUUUUACGUUUCUUAGUUGUUAGCUGAGUAGUUUUUUUCUGUCACUGAAUAUAUUUCUUGCAAUCUUGUCACAUCAAUCUUGUCAAACUAUUGUCGAAAAAGCUAUUGUGCUUUAAAG